GUCUGAAUACAAAUCGCUCAGCAAAUAGCUGACUGACCUUCGUGAUCACCGACUGCUGAGUUGGAAUGUCCUCCACGUGGCAUGCCGGCAUCGAGUAUUUCUCAUCCGCUGUGCAUAGACCGAGAACGAAAAUUUCCUGUCCCUGCAGGGAGCAGACAAAAGGAAGGAGGAGAUUAUCCUCCAUAUGUGAGUCUUCUCUCUCCCUUGAACUAGCGCCGUCAUAUAUAUCUCGUGCAUGGGCUGGCUAUUGUACGGCGGUUCAUCCUCUCAUACGGAAACUGAAGACCGAUUUCGUGGGGAAGCCUGUUAACUUUAUCUGGGCCAAAUCAGAUAAUAAUCCCAUGCUGAAGUCAUAUGGGGGGAAGUCACAGCCACAUUUCCUUCUAUACAGGAAUGGCAAUCUGAUGGAGACCGUAGUGGGGGCCAAUGUGCCCCUGCUAGCCAAACUGAUUCCAAAAUUAUGCCCUGAAACGCUGGCGGAGGACAAACCCGAGGACAAUCCAAUGAUCAAAAAGAGGAAGGAAGAUUUGGAAGCUGCGGCGAAGAAGCCGGAUUCUGCGGGAAAAGACUCGGCCACUUAAAUGACGCCUACUCACCCAUGCAGCCCCCCCAUAAUCCCCCAUUGUCGUAAUUUGCAGGGCCAGACUGGAAGAUUUAAAUUGGUUAUUAACCAGAGGGACAGAUGAGUCAGUUGACCAGCAGAUGGUUAACUGGAUGAGUUAACCAUAUGGAUGUCAUUGACUAACCCAUCAGCUGAGGUUAACCAGAUGAGUCAUUCCAUCAUUUUAUGAAUUUUUAUCAGAUGGGUAACUUAAACCGUUAGUACACGGCACCAGCCUUGCUGAAAAGA